AUGUUGUGCCUUUUUUUGUUGUAAUUAGUGGCUGGACUUAGUGAACGCCCACAAAAUAUUAGUGAAUUGUCAAAGAUGCUCUAUGGGUUCGAGUAUAAGGGGAAAUGGACAUCUUAAAAAAUGGAAUAAUAAUUCCAUUACUUGACAGUUGAACAAGGAGAUGCUUAUAUGAUAUUCCUGUCGAAUAAUACUCAAUAGAAUAGCAACGACGUGAUCGACCGAUUCGAGUUUCAAUUACUCAAUCCCAAAUACUAGGAAAUGAGGCAAGUUAUUGGCAUGUUUAAAUUGACUAAUUACUCCGACAGUGACAUGUAAUGAGUGAUUUAAUGUUAGUUCAUUCGAGAACAUCAGUGUCUUGAACUACACAACAGCCUACAAAUUCAGAAGAAACUAUUACUCAAAGGAGAAUUGUGAAAUUGCAUAUACUGUCAAUAUCGAAUUUUAAGGAGACAAUUAUGAUAAGGAACAUGCCAAGAUCAAGGUACAUAUGUAGACACAUAAUAAUUCAUUGGACACUCACUGUGAUGUCGACAUCCUAAUGGAUUUGAUGCUUGACACCACAAACUAUUUAUUAGUCAUCAUUAUGUAUUGUGCAAUGUCGGUGAUGAUAUGUUUUACGCAAUUCCUCUGCGUCACUAAACUUUGCAAAGCCUUACUCGAGAACGAGGAAGACCCUAACAAGGUAAACCUCUCCAACUUAUAUUAGAUCUCCCUCUUUGCAGUCGGCUAUUUGACGAUCCAAGAUUCCUACAUCUGUCUAUAAAAUCUCUACGAAGCAUUAAUUAAUUAUGUAAUAAUUUCAAUCUAACCUAGCAAUACUUCUAAUACUUCAUUUUACCUGCCUUCUUUUACUUCCUGUUGGCAACCACUUGCGACAUGAAGUUGAUAUGGAUAGUCUGGAGAAGUCGACAUUUGGAAGAUCUAUUUGAUCAGCAAAGAAUGAGAAGAGCCAUAACCUACUUUUUUGCUUAAUUCUGUAAAUGUCUCUACCUUACUUUAGAUUUUAGCCUCAUCCUAUAUUUUCUAUUGAUGUACUUCUUUUUCACUUAUAAUUGGUUUAUUUGCUUAACUGGCUUGUGUCUGCUUCCAUAAAUAAUUCAUAACAUUCGACUUGGUAAUAACCCUAGAUUCAUCUCCUACUUUGUAUUUGGUAUUUUGGUUCCAAGUAUGCUCUAUCAAGUAAGUCCUCAAUAUAUUUUAGCUUUACAAUAGAGGAUGUCCAAGUAAUUUACGUGGUCUUGAACCCUCCUUAGCCUUUUGCAUGAUUUACUUGAGUGAGUACUUACUCCAAAUAAUUAUCCUCUACAUUCAAUACAAGCUAGGUCCAAGAUCAUUUAUUCCCAAAUGUUUUCUACCCAAACAAUACAAUUAUUACAGAACACUUAAUAUACAAGAAGAUUAUGUACCAAAAGUCCUAUUCUAUUUUCUAGGAAGAAUGUGCAAUCUGUUUGACUUCAUUGAUGGAUGAUCCAUUUGACACCGAAGCACCCACCUAAAAACUUGUAAUCAAACAAGCCAUGCAAACUCCUUGUCGUCAUUGGUUCCAUCCAUCUUGCCUACGUAGUUGGAUUGAUAUCAAAAUGCAGUGUCCCACUUGCCGUUCUGAUUUACCACCUCUAUUAGAAUGAAUAUUUAAUUAAAUUAUCAG